AUGCCGACUAGGGACCACUCCCUAGUUUCAGGGUUCCCACGGUUAAAGACAAAGAAAUUUAUCGUUCUUCUUUCCACAUACAACCAUCACGUGGAUCAGCCUCUCCCUCCUUUGGGCUUUCGAUCGACGUCUUGGCCUUGUGGCGUCUUGACGAAAAAAUGUGAAGCGUUUGCAAAAUGUGGUAUCGGAUUGACACUCUGGAGCGUCGACAAAGUAUUUUCUCACAUGAGCACCUGGAUGCUGCGGCAGGUAGUUGCUUUUCAGAGCGCCUCUGGUUCACGCAUGUUUGCGCUGUGUCGUGACACUGGCGGAAAGGGGGAGCUCGUUGGUGGCUGUUGUUUUUGUUUUCUCAAGAAGCAUUGUUCCUCCCUCGGCAAUAGCAAUAACGCUCAACCGCUGGAAGAAAGAGGUCGAGAAAGUUUCAACACGACCACAACGGCUGUCUCAUACCGCGAGGCACUUCCAGACAUGAACUGCUACAAAUGUAAAAUACAUAUACAUGAAGAAGGAUAUUUAUGGAGUUGUACAUAGCAUUCAGUCCUUGAUGCCUAGAAAGAGAUACACAUCCAGACGUGCUUAAUUGCCUAUACAUAAACCUCUACAAUGGGCAAGUGCUUGAACGAACGAUGGUUCGGUUGGAAAGCAUUGCGACGAUUGAAAAACAAGAGCAGCAUCAAAGAGCGCUAUUUGAGGAGAUCGACACUGGGAGUCUUCGAGUAUUUUGUCACGCUCCCCCCACGGGGAUAGAACACACGAGGCCACCGACAUGCGAAAGCCCCAUUCGUCAGCUUCUGCUUUUUGCUUUUGUUUCUCUUCCAUCUUUUCUGCGUCCUUCUGUACGACAGCUAAGGCAAUCACUCAGGAGUGGAGCCGGAGAGCUCUGUACAACAUUGUCC